AUCUGCUCACAGCAACACACUUGCAUAUACUCUAUAACAGCCCUGUCUGUCUGUAUUUCUCUUCUCUUUGUAUCCUUCUUUCACACUCACUCUCUCUUAUUCCCGGUCUUUGCUUCUCUCGACAUCAACGUGAGCCUGUCCUCUCUAUCUCUCUCUCUCUCACACUCUCUCUCCCUCUACUCCUCUCCCUCUCCUCCUCUCCCUCUCUCGGCCCCCGUCCCCCUCUCUGGGCUUACGGCAGGGCAGAUAUGAAUGAUAGUCGUAGCUGUGGCGUUAGCGGUGGAAGCGGCUGCUCUCUGAUACUCUGUGCGACGACAGCAGCAGCCCGGUAAUCUCCUCCCCCUCUCCCCUCCAUGGGGCGGAGCGUGUUUGUGGACCCCCCCCCCCCCGCCUUCACCCUUCUGCCUCCUGAGCUGCACGCGCUCAGUGAGCACCUGAGAGGAGAGGAGCUGCUGGUGACUAAACCAGAGCACACACAGAUCACAGCCAGGGGGCCCCUGACGCAGCUCCACCACUAGCCCCAGCUCCCCUGAUGCAGCUUCACCACUAGCCCCAGCUCCCCUGACACAGCUGCACUGCUAGCCCUAGCUAUACUCAACAGGACCUGAUACAGAACAGGAGGAUGAGGAGGGAAGAGAAGGAUGAGGAACAGACUCCAGCUGUCACACUGCUGACAGAGAUGGGAUAGGGAUCUGUAUAGACAGAGGAUUAAGGAACGGGGAUAGCGAGAUAGAGGACCACUCUGAAGCAGCACAACGCUCUGAAUAAACUUCCACUUUUCCAUCCUCUGAUUUCGCUGCUGAAGUGGGCUGGCUCUGCAGACUUUAGACUUUAGACUUUCAUGUCCUUUCGCCUGGUUAAUAUCUUAGACAUGGAAUCACCAACCAAGGAGAUAGAGGAUUUUGAGAGUAACUCUCUGAAGUUUCUGCAGCCAGACCAGAUUGAGAAGAUAUGGCUGAGACUGAGAGGACUAAGGAAAUACAAGAAGACGUCACAAAGGUUGCGAUGCUUGGUGAAACAGUUGGAACGAGGAGAGGCGUCCGUCGUCGACCUCAAGAAGAACUUGGAGUAUGCAGCCUCAGUCCUGGAGUCUGUGUACAUUGAGGAGACACGGCGAUUGGUGGACACAGAGGAUGAGCUCAGUGACAUCCAGUCGGACUCCGUGCCGUCGGAGGUACGUGAUUGGCUGGCCUCCACCUUCACGCGUCAGAUGGGUCUGAUGCUGCGCCGGACCGAAGAGAAACCGCGCUUCCGCAGCAUCGUACACGCAGUGCAGGCUGGGAUAUUUGUUGAGAGGAUGUACCGCCGGACGUCCAACAUGGUGGGAUUAAGCUAUCCGCCCAGCGUGAUCACGGUGCUCAAGCACGUGGACAUGUGGUCAUUUGACGUGUUUGCCCUGAAUGACGCGAGUGGGGACCACGCGUUGAAAUUCAUAUUCUACGAGCUGCUCACAAGAUAUGACCUCAUCAAUCGCUUCAAGAUUCCUAUCUCUGCCCUGGUGUCCUUUGUGGAAGCCUUGGAGGUGGGCUACAGCAAACAUAAGAAUCCCUACCAUAACCUGAUGCAUGCUGCAGAUGUCACUCAGACAGUACAUUAUCUAUUGUUGAAGACAGGCAUGGUGAACUGGCUGACUGAACUGGAGAUCUUUGCCAUGAUCUUUGCUGCUGCGGUCCAUGAUUACGAACACACAGGGACCACUAACAACUUUCAUAUCCAGACCAGGUCAGGCACGGCCAUCUUGUAUAAUGACCGUGCAGUUCUGGAGAACCACCAUGUGAGUGCUGCCUACCGCCUCCUACAGGACGAUGACGAGAUGAACAUCCUCCUCAACCUGUCCAAAGAUGACUGGAGAGAGCUACGGGCACUGGUGGUAGAAAUGGUCCUGGCCACGGACAUGUCCUGUCACUUCCAACAGAUCAAGGCCAUGAAGAACUUCCUCCAGCAGCCAGAGGCGAUUCUCAAGCCCAAGGCCUUAUCACUGAUUCUGCACACAGCUGACAUCAGCCACCCGGCCAAGAACUGGGAUCUGCAUCACAGGUGGACCACAUCACUCCUGGAAGAGUUUUUCAGACAGGGGGAUAAAGAAGCAGAGCUGGGCCUGCCCUUCUCUCCUCUGUGUGACCGAAAGUCAACCAUGGUGGCCCAGUCUCAAAUUGGAUUUAUUGAUUUCAUCGUGGAGCCCACAUUCACAGUCCUCUCAGACAUGACAGAGAAGAUUGUGACGCCACUGAUCGACGAGGCGUCUCGUUCCGGCCUGGCUGGGUUCAGACGCUCCAGUUGCUGUACUGAGAGGAGAGCUGGCAAUCUAAACAGUAUUCCAGUGGGGGAUGGGAAGCGGUCCAGUGUGAUCAGUACAGGCUCAGAGGGCAGCGGAACACUCAACUGUUCCCCGGGAACCAUCGACUAUAAGGGCUUCAAGGCCACCUGGAACGAAGAGGUGCACCAGAACAGGGAGAAAUGGAAGACCCAGGCUGCUAAAGAUCUGGAGGAGAAAACCAAAAGGGAAGCAGAGGAGAAGGCUUCGCAGGAGGAGACAGAGCCUGGAACGACAGAAGAGAAGGAAGAAAAGAAAGGGAGAGAUGAAGAAGGUACACAAGCAGAGGGAGAGAAAAAGGAAGUGGUGGAGGAAGUGCCCAAAGAGGAGGAAGGGAAUAAGGACCCAGGGGGGGCCGUCGGGACCAUAACAACAUCAGGACCGGGACCGGGGCUGAAUCACUUGGAUCCCAAGGAGCCUGAAACCAGCAGCACCAGCACAGAGAAAAACCAGCAAGUGCAAAACGGGGAAGUCCCAGAGGACCUAGACUCACCUGACACUGACUCUGGCUCUGAUGAUGACAGUGAGAAAAACACCUCUGACGACUUGUCAGGCUCGGAGGGCUAUGACCUGAUUCGCUACUACAAGAGACCGAGCUACUGUGCCAACUCUCACCUGGCACUACCCUCAAGAGAGAAAGAGAGGGAGAGAACCGAGGGCAGGCUCAUUGACCCCAGGAGCAGAGUCAGGAAGCUUCAGGGCAUCUCCCUGCGCCGGAGUAAGUGACAUCACAAGAAGUGACCUCACAGGAAGAGACCUCACGGGAAAUGACAUAUGUAGACGUUGCAACCCACAUUGUUCUCACUUAUACUUACACUGGUGACAACAAGGCAAAGCUGUUCCCAGACAAUAGAUUAGUAAAUUAUGAUUUUAUAUAUAGUAGUUAAAGAGGAACUGACAGUGUUUUAGACCCAUUCAAUCUUGUUAAAAUAUGUUUAUCAACACCCCCUCUGGAAGAAUAUGGCGCAUUUGUUUUGACAUUUUGUGACAAGAAGCAUUUUUCACGUUUUCAUGUUUGGGAAUGACGUUGAGUUGGGUAUUUGUGAAAAUUUGGGCAAUUAAUAGACUCCCCUGUAAAUAAAAAAUAAUAAAAACGUGUCAGUCUUGUCCAGGCCCAGACUCUACACAGAUCUGUGCACCAUAACCAAUCUGAGCUACAGUCGGCCUAUAUGCAAAUAAGCCAUUGCCAUACGGGGAUGUGCCAAUGAGGGGAUUCGAUUAAUGCCCCGGGCAUGCCCCGGCCCCCUGGGUGAACCGAGUUAGCAUUGAUUGCAAUCUAUUUGGAACUGGGCUUCCUCCCGGGCAUGAGCCAUGUGAAAACAAAAGUGACAUAGGUUAACUAGAGUCGAGGCCCGCGCAAAAAUCUAAUUAGCAUAAUAAAACAAUCCCUGUCGCAAUCUGUCUGUUUAAGCUAGAUAAAUCAGUUUUUUAGCAUGGGCGCGUCUCAAUCCACCACAUCCACUGAUGUUGGCCUUCCGCUUCUGCGGUGGAGGGUGGCAGAGCUACAGUAGUGUUUAUCAGACCAGGAGACAUCCCGUAAAUCUGUCUUUUCAUGGAAACGUCUGCAGAGUCCAAACGGUUUAGGCUAGAAACAAAUGUACACCACUAUGGAAAGCUGAGACACUCACGAAAAAUGAUGGUGCCCACUGGGCAAAAACUUGCUGAAUCAAUGUUGUUUCCACGUUAUUUCAGCAACAAAAAUGCAAUGUGUUGACGUUGAAUCAAUGUGGAAGACUGAUUGGAUUUGAAACAAAGUAAAUCAACAUAAGGAAAUUAUGGCUUUUUUUCACCCACCUUUUAACCUAAAUCCAAUGACAUGGUGAAAUUCUUUGUGGAUUUCACAUUGAAUUAAGGUUAUUUGUAAAUCAAAACUAGACCUGUGUUCUCUGUUUUGCUCUAAGACAAGCUUAAAGGUACCACAAUGUGCCAACUUCUGUCUGUAGUGUCCGAACUGUUUGGGCUACCCCACCAUUGAAAGCUGAGACUUUCACAAACACGUACAAGCCUCACAAGACACGACUUAAGGGAACCCAGUUCAGUUCAGAGCCAAAAAAUGAAUGGAAGUCAAUAGGGCAUUUCCACAUAAAAAAAUAAUCCUGAGCUUUCUUAUAUCUCUCAGAUAUAAGACAGACACUUCAAAACAUAUUUCCUUUUCAUUUAUCUGUCAAUGCGUCUCUAUAGGCUAAUAGCAAUAAGGACCAGGGCUGCUACAAAACAUGUGGUGAGCUGGCAUUUGCCCCAGCACUUUUAAAUCAGAUAGGGCAGCGCUCAGUAACUUUUCAUUUAGUUUAAUAUUGACAAAAUAGGCACAAAGUGCUGUUUUUUUUACAGAUUUUUGCUUCAUGGUUUUUCUACUCAUGCACAAUUUGUCCUUCACAUCGGAGCGCUGCGUGCCUGUCUUGACCAAUCAGAUUCAAGAAAAUUGCAAGGUCGCGCUGGCCAGGCACAAUGCACAAAGCUUAAAGCACUCUCCACUUUCCUCCGGUAUUUAUUUAGCAAAGGGGAUACCGCAUCACUCCUGACAGACACAAGCAAAAACUCUUUACAAAAAUGUUGUAUCUGCCUACACCUAAACAUUAGCGAUCUGACAUGCUGUGUUGCAUGCAUGCUGUGUUGCAGUCUGAUCAAAUGUAGGCUACUAACAAUACCAACUGCAUACCGUCGUCUACUAUGCCCUGUCCCUCUGGCCAGGGUAAACUAAGUGGGAAUAUUGUCUAUUUAUAGCUCAUUUGUUUGUGUUACAAAGAAAUGUUAAUGAGAUCAAAUUUGGUAAAUAUUCAAACUUGGGCUGACUAGGCUACCUAGACUUUUUCCCCGAAUUAAUAUUAACUGGAAUUAAUCAAUAAACAUAAUAGCUGGCAUAUACUGUGAGU